CUUCUUGAUCUCUCAAAGCUUUCACUCUUUUUUUUAAUAAUAUUCUUCUUAAAGUUCACACCUUUCUCAAAAAACCUCUGUUUUCUCUUCUCCCCUCUAUAAAAAUAAAAACUCUGUUUUCUCCUCUAAAGAAACAAAAAAAAAGAAAAAAAUGAAAGAGUAUUGGACAUCACUAGCUUCACUUCUCGGAGUCUUGGCUUUCUGUCAGAGCCUAAUGCAAUCAAUAAUCCCACCGGAGCUCCGUUUCGCCUUCCUCAAACUCUUCAACCGAACCUUCCACCUCUUCUCCCCCCACUGCUACUUCGACAUAACCGAGCUCGACGGCGUCAACACCAACGAGCUCUACAACGCCGUCCAGCUCUACCUCAGCUCCUCCGUCUCCAUCGCCGCCGGCAACCGUCUAACCCUCACCCGCGCCGUCAACUCCUCCUCCGUCACCUUCGGCCUCUCCAACAACGACUCCAUCGUCGACACUUUCAACGACGUCACCGUCCUAUGGGAACACGUCGUCACUCAGAGACAGACUCAGACGUUCGCAUGGAGACCGUUGCCCGAAGAGAAACGAGGGUUCACUCUCCGCAUCAAGAAGAGAGACAAAGUCUUGAUCUUAAACUCUUAUCUCGAUUACAUCGUGGAGAAAGCUGACGAGAUCCGUCGGAAGAACCAGGACAGGUUGCUUUACACGAACGCUCGAGGCGGGUCUCUGGACUCGAGAGGGCAUCCGUGGGAGUCUGUUCCUUUCAAGCAUCCGAGCACGUUCGAGACUCUCGCGAUGGAUCCGAGGAAGAAGGAACGGAUCAUGGAUGAUCUUAAGGACUUCGUGGAAGGUCAGAUGUUUUAUCAGAAAACGGGUAGGGCUUGGAAGAGAGGUUACUUGCUUUACGGGCCACCUGGUACUGGUAAGUCUAGUAUGAUCGCAGCCAUGGCGAAUUAUCUAGGGUAUGAUAUUUACGAUCUUGAACUCACUGAGGUGCAUAGCAACUCGGAGUUGAGGAAACUGCUUAUGAAAACGAGUUCUAAGUCGAUCAUUGUGAUCGAAGACAUCGACUGUUCGAUCAACUUGACUAACCGAGCCACUCCUAAGCAUAGGGGCGGCCAAGAAACAAGAAGCGGGUCGGGUUUGGGUGAAGAGUCUGGUAAUGGGAACACGAUAACGUUGUCGGGUUUGUUGAACUUUACGGACGGGCUUUGGUCUUGUUGUGGAAGUGAGAGGAUCUUUGUCUUUACGACGAAUCAUAUAGAGAAGCUUGAUCCUGCGUUGCUUAGAAGUGGGAGAAUGGACAUGCAUGUGUGCAUGAGUUACUGUGAUUUCUCGUCGUUGAAGAUUUUGUUGAAGAACUAUUUAGGGUACGAGGAGGAAGAUGUGGACGAGGACGUUUUGAAGGAGAUGGAGAGAGUUGUGGAGAAGGCGGAGAUGACGCCUGCGGAUGUAAGCGAGUCUUUGAUCAAGAAUAGGAGGGAUAAGGAGAAGGCGGUUAGGGAGUUGUUGGUGGAGUUGAAAAGUAGAGGGGAGAUGAAUGUGAAAGGUGGAAAAUUGAGGGGUCAAAGUGGAAAUUUGAGGGAGUUGGAAAUUGUGGAGGAGGAAGAGAAGAGGGCUAUAGAUAAUGUUGAAGAUGAAACUGAGCUAGAGGACAAUGUUUGUAAAGACUAGAGAGGAUUCAAAAUAAAACAAUGUAGAACAAAAUGGUGAAAACUUGUUAUCUUUCUUCUUUUUCUUUGUUUGGUGGGUUUUCUUUUUUUUGAUUUUGGUUGUUGAAGUGGUAGAUGAAAACGUGAAAGUGACAUAGCAAGAACAUGUAGAGUUGUGAAAGUUCUAACUAAAAGAAAGUGAUUGAAAAUCUCACAAA